CCACGACUACCCCACCAAGCUCUCUCUCUCUCUCUCUCUCUCUCUCUCCGAUUAAUUAAUUUAUUAAUUAUCCUGAUCCAAGGAGACUAAAAAGAGUGGGAAGGAGAGAGAGAGAGAGGAAGCUAAAAAUGGAAGGUCUCAUCAAGGGUUUGAUCAAUGUCGCCCUCGACGCCAUUGAUGGAGGCGACGAAGCUCCCCCGAGGAGAGCCCAAGCUCGUCCUCCCCCCGCCGAGGACGAGGAGCUUCGAUCCAGAUCCACAUGGGCCGAGGUCGUCUCAAGCGGUGAACAGGAGAAGGACGAGGGGCCGAAGCAGGGGAGCGGCUACGGCUAUGGCCGGAGAAAGGAGGAAAGCGCAGGGGGAAGUGAGGGUGUUUGGGAAUCGUUCGAAGCAAAGAAGAAGCCUCAGCACCAUGCAUCAUCACCUGUGAAACAUUACCAGGGAGAGGGUAAAGAGAGAAAGGAUGGGGAUUGGGAGACUGUUGAAGGAAAGAAGAAGCCUCAUCAUCCACCACUCAGGAGACAGCACCAGUCGGAGGCAUGGCAAGGGUAUAAACAACCGCCUAGUGAACAAGUGUACUCCGAUGAUACCACUCAUAGGAUAAACAUAGAAACUACUGAUCAGGAGCUCGAUAACUUAUCAAGAGCCUGUCAUAAGUUAUGGGAACUCGAUACGAACCGCUUAGUUCCAGGAAAAGACUAUGAGAUUAAUUGCGGUGAAGGGAAAAAGGUCUACCAGAAGGAUGAUAUGGCAGCUAAUAACUUAUUUACCUGGUUAGAUGAAGACAUAUUAAGAAGGCCCACGUACUCCCGUUUUUGUUCUCUUUUAGAUAAUUACAACCCAAAUGAAGGAGUUAAGGAAGUCAUUACUUCUGAAGAGAAGCACGAGCAGGAGGCGUUUAUCGAGGAAAUAAGCAGAACCGCACCAAUGAAAUAUCUUCAUAAAUACUUGGUUGCCAAAAGAGUUGUGCCACAUGAUUUUGAAGAAUUUAAGAAUCUGAUGAAAAGUUUGUGGUUUCAUCUAUAUGGAAGAGGUGGUGGGUCGAGUUGUUCUUCUGCUUUUGAGCAUGUUUUCGUGGGAGAGAUCAAGGGGCGAGGAGAGCACGAGGUCUCUGGCUUUCACAACUGGAUUCAGUUUUACCUAGAAGAAGCCAAAGGGACUGUUAACUACCAAGGCUAUAUUUUCCCAAGAAGGCGUGGACAAAUUCCCGACACGGAAACUCAGUUGCUCACCAUUCAAUUUGAAUGGCAUGGUAUUCUGAAAUCAGUCUCCACCAGUUUGAUUGGAGUAAGCCCGGAAUUCGAGAUUGCUCUCUAUACUCUCUGCUUCUUUGUGGGUGGAGAAGAUAACCAUGUCCAGCUUGGUCCGUAUUCAGUUAACAUUAAAUGCUACCGCCUGGGGAACAACAAGAUUGGAUCCAUAUUUCCUAUUGCCGAAGAUUGAUUGUAUGCAAAGUUUAGCUUCUAGAACAAAUGUUAUUCUUGGUCCUGAUUUGUUGUUUGAUUGCAGAAUUGGUAAUAAUGGAAGCAAACCAAAUGAAGAAUGUUUCUUGUUCUCUUGAGUUUGAGUAAUUCAAAGUCUUGUUUACAACCUUAAAGUUUCAACAGCUGCUUAUACCUGAAUCUUGUUAUGUAUUUGACCUGAUUAAUAAUAGAUCUGGGUGCUAAUUUUUCCA